AUGAAAUAUAUUCCAUUAACAUAGCACUUUCAAACAGUUGCCAUGCUUUAUGAAAAGUGUGCUGAUCUUUCUUCGCAGAUUGAUUCACUCCAAUCAUAAAUUUAAAAUAAUAAUGGAUAAAUGGAAAAUGAAGUAGUUGAAAAACAACCUCAAAUCAUCUAAGAACCAACUCCAAAAGCUCCAGAAAAGAAAUAACCUCAAUCAUAAACAGAUAAGGAUCCAUAACAGAAUGCUCAAAUUGAAGAGGAAAAAUAGAAUCAAGAAAAAAGCAUAUUGAAAAUUGGAAAAUCUAUUGAGAAAUCCGUCAAGAUGAAAGUCUCCUUGACUUGUGAUCACUGUAACAAAGUAUUCUAAACUGAAAAACAGUAUAAGAAACACAGAUACGGUAUCAAGUAUAGAGUUACUAAAAGUAAAUCUAAGAGCAAAUCUUAGGUAGAUCAACAAUCAAAGGAUUAAAGUGAAUAGAAGGAGGCAAAGGAAAAGAAGGACAAAAAGGAAUAAUCAAGCAAAAAAUCCCUAGAAACAUUCCAAAUACUUCUUUGA